CCCCCCAGGCUCUAGUGUCGAGCCCCCCGUCAUGUGGGAAGCGAAUCCGGAGAUGUUUCACAAAGAAGAGGAAUUCUUAUUCAAAAGGACAGACAUGGACACCUCAGACGACAUGGACACCUCAGAUACACAAUGGGGCUGGUUCUACCUGGCAGAAUGUGGGAAGUGGCACAUGUUCCAGCCGGAUCCCAACGUCCAGUGCUCAGUCAGCAGUGAGGAUAUCGAAAGGAGCUUCAGAACGAACCCGUGUGGCUCCGUUUGUUUUACGACUUCCAAAUUCAGCUACAAGAUAGACUUCACAGAGAUGAAGCAGAUGAACGUCACCACUGGAAAGCGGCGCCUCAUCAAAAGGGCUCCCUUCUCCAUCAGCGCCUUCAGUUACAUCUGUGAAAAUGAAGCCAUCCCCAUGCCGACACACUGGGAAAACGUGAACACUGAAGUCCCCUAUCAGCUUGUCUCUCUGCAGAACCAAACGCAUGAAUAUCACGAGGUUGCUAGUCUCUUUGGGAAAACAAUGGACCCCAACCGGAUCAAAAGAAUUCAGAGAAUCCAGAACUUAGACUUAUGGGAGUUCUUUUGCAGGAAAAAGGCUCAGCUCAAGAAAAAGAGGGGUGUCCCUCAGAUUAAUGAGCAAAUGCUAUUUCAUGGCACCAGCAGUGAAUUUGUGGAAGCGAUUUGCAUCCAUAAUUUUGACUGGAGGAUCAAUGGUAUCCAUGGUGCUAUCUUUGGAAAAGGAACCUAUUUUGCUAAAGACGCUGCUUACUCCAGUCGCUUCUGCAAAGAUGACCUGAAGCACGGGAGCACCUUCCAGAUUCACGGGGUCAGUUUGGCGCAGCGGCGUCUGCUCAGGAACUACAAGUCUAUGUUUCUUGCUCGAGUGCUCAUUGGAGACUACAUAAACGGAGACUCCAAAUACAUGCGCCCUCCCUCCAAAGACGGGAGCUAUGUGAACCUGUACGACAGCUGUGUGGAUGACACCUGGAAUCCGAAGAUCUUCGUGGUUUUUGAUGCUAACCAGAUCUACCCUGAGUACUUGAUAGACUUCCACUGACUCCACUCCCAGCGCCUGCUCAAAGCGUGCUCUUGUUCGCAGGAAGAUUGGCUCCUCUGACUUCUAGCCACUGAUAAUACACUUAUCUGAUACUUUUGAAACAGAUACGGAAAAUAAGUGGCCUCCAUAUAUAAAGACGUACUGACUAUCAGGUUGGUUUUUUGUUGUUUUGCCUUUGUCUGUUACUCAUAGUUUCGUUUGCUAAAGAUUGAUAGCCUUGUCUUGUUAACACACAGGAGUGAGAGAUACCAUUCAAAACGGAACCAGCUGAGUCUUGAUUACCAUGACCAUAUGGAGUCUUUCAAUGUUUACAGCUGCGUGUGAUCAGGAUAUGUGAUUUCAGUUCAGAGGGGCACAGAUCAAUAUUUCCUGUUAGAGGGGCUGAUACUCGACUUCUGGUACUGUCGGCUCCUAUGGUGUUGGCUUUGUUGGUCUUCCGAGGGGCACUGGAAACCCUGAGAGAAUCCGGGCUCUUUGACAGCAGCAGGAAACUAGAGCAUCCUUGCUGUGCCGCCAAGCAAGCCGGAGUGAAGUCGGCCCAGAGCCCGCCUCCCGUUGCCCUGGGUGCAGGCUGCGGCCUCGGCGAUGACUGUCUGCAGCCCGCGCCUGAGCGGCCGCGCUCCCCCGUGCCUGCGCCCAGACUCGCUCUUCAUUACACCCUUCAUGCGUGGCGUUUAUUUAUCGUUCAAAGCAUUUACUUUCCCUUUGUUAUAGAAGGUCCUCCAGUGAUCACAUCUAAGAUGUUUUACCUGUUCUCCCGCCCAAGCUACUCAACAGUGAUUCCUAAAAUCCAUGCCAUAGUGUUGCCUCUCCGUUUUCAGUGAUGGGAAGGGUAUGAGAGAGAUGUCAAGGGAGGAACAAAUCUGGCCUGCCGCGCCCUUCACCAGCUACAUACGGUUCAGAAUCAUGCUCAGUGGAAAUUUGCCUGUUCCCACUGCUCGAAGUGGAAGCAAAGCGAUGCUGCCGCAGCUGCCUUUUCUAACUCUGGACACUGUCUCGGUGAGCCUCACUGCGUUUUGCUGGAGAGCUGGUGAACACCGAUCAGUUUCCAGUCAGCGUGUGCCAUGUUGUCCUUUUGAGUGUUUGAGCAGAGGCGUCAUCUGAACUAGAACAUGUAGAGUAGAGAGGAGAAUCGGGGUGGCAAGGCCCUAAGUUCCAUUCACCACGAGAUUUCCAGUGUGGCCCAGGAUGAGUGCCGUUAUCCGGGAGGGAAGUGGGCAGCACACGGCAAAUUUUUGCACACGUGAUGCUGCUGCACAGAUCCACUGCUGGCUGCAGAUGCUGGCUAUGAUUCUUUAGAAAUGAAUAGCACAUUUUAAAAAGUGCAGAGGUCAUUGUAGCUGUCACUGGAGGCAGCAUGACAGCUGCCUUGAAGAGCCCACAAUAGCUCAAGAGCAGAACAUGCACAAAUAUGCACACCAGACACAUCCACGCACAACAGACCACAAGUUCACACUCACACAGUCACUUUUUUUCUGUUUGUUACUUGCAUACAAUAAUAUUGAAAUUGUUUCUCUUUCAGCAUGGGUUUACACGCAUCCUUCUCUCAGCUCUUGAGUGGUAUAACUGUUAACAUCCCCCCAUUUCAUACACCCCUCUAACAGCCCUUGAGUGGAAUAACUGUAAAACAUCCCCCCAUUUCAUACACACCCCUCUAACAGCACUUGAGUGGAAUAACUGUAAAACAUCCCCCCAUUUCAUACACACCCCUCUAACAGCACUUGAGUGGAAUAACUGUAAAACAUCCCCCCAUUUCAUACACACCCCUCUAACAGCUCUUGAGUGGAAUAACUGUAAAACAUCCCCCCAUUUCAUACACCCCUCUAGCAGCACUUGAGUGGAAUAACUGUCCAACUUCCCCCCAUUUCAUACACACCCCUCUCUCAGCCCUUGAGUGGAAUAACUCCCCCAAAUCCCUCAUUUCCUACACACCCCCUCUCAGCCCUUGAGUGGAAUUACUGUCCAACAUCCCUCCAUUUCAUACACACCCCUCUCUCAUCACUUGGGUGGAAUAACUGUCCAACAUCACCCCAUUUCAUACACACCCCUCUCUCAACACUUGAGUGGAAUAACUGUUCAACAUCUCCCCAUUACAUACAAACCCCUCUCUCAGCACUUGAGUGGAAUAACUGUCCAACAUCCCCCAUUUCAUAAACACCCCUUUCUCAGCCCUUGAGUGGAAUAACUGUUCAACAUUGUCCCAUUUCAUGCACACCCCUCUGUCAGCCCUUGAGAGAAAUAACUGUCCAAAACCCCCCUUUUUAUACACAUCCCUCUCUCAGCCCUGGAGUGGAAUAACUGUCCAACUUCCCCCCAUUUCAUACACACCCCUCUCUCAGCCCUUCAGUGGAAUAACUGUUCAACAUCCCAUUUCAUACAACCCCUUUCUCAGCAUUUGAGUUUAAUAACUGUCCAACAUCCCCCAUUUCAUACACACCCCCCUCUCAGCCCUUGAGUGGAAUAACUGUCCAACAUCCCCCAUUUCAUACACACCCCUCUCAGCACUGGAGAGGGAGAAGUUUUGUGGUAGUAUUGAAUAGUUAGUUUCUUUCGCCCACGUGUACAUCAGUGUCAAGAUCAUCGAGAGCACACGUGGGUAUUUGUAUUUUCAGGGCAGUCUAUGCAAAUCUGAGCCUCUGCCUUGUUCAUAUGAGGAAGGCUGGACCCAGAUGCAGUGGCCACUCACUCAGUAGAGAAAGCACUGCACUUCCCGUAGAAUGCAUGACCAGCCCUCAUUUGUAAGAAAGAAAUGACUUGAUAUGUGUCUUAACAUACGAUCGUCUAAAGUUCUCUGAAGCUGAGGUGGUAUCUCUCUAUUUGGCCAGUAAGGGAAACCAACAUUGUAUGAUCAAUGUAUAGCAAAAGUGCAUCAUUUCCUCUGAUAAUCACGUAGACCAGGAGGGGAAAGUGAGGAGGAGCCAUUACAGAGUAAUGAGAGUGAUUGGAAAACUGCGUUGAAUAAAUUCCAGUUAGUAGCGACUUUGCACUUUGGUGAAACCGUGUUUAUGAGUGUGUUUAUGAACACAGUGUCAUAAAUCUUCUCCUUGUGAACAGGAAGGUGUGACAUCGUGGGUCCUUUCAUUUCUAGACUGUGACGGUGGUGGUGAAGAAUGUGGAGCCACGGUUAAUAUUUGAGUGUAUUGUUUGUACAUCUGUCGAUUAAAGGUUUCCAUAGCAGA